GUUGGUGACUGGGCACUGGCAGACUGGGCGAGUUAGCACAAUGGAGAAGGUUUUAUGUGAUGUUCACGGUAAGUUGUCUUAAAGUAAUUAUUGUGAAUGUUUAUUUCGAACGGAAGAGUGUGAUACUGUAUAUCAAGAGGUCAAUUUUACGUUUUACUUUAAAACGCUUAUGAAGUGCAUGACAGUGCAGUUUGUUCCAACGGUCCAGACAACGUUCACUGUUUAGUUGAUCAAACCCUCUUGACCUGUGUUUGGCAGCUCUCUUGUUACUUGGUUUAAUCUGUAGGUUUAAUUGUCUCUGUCCUACCACAGACAGCUUGUGUAUGCUGAAAACGGGAGUUAAAGAUGGAGCAAAUAAAGGCAAAAGCUUCUACGUCUGCGUUGACAAGCAAGGCUGUGAUUUCAGCCAGAUGACAAGGUAUUUCCACUCUUCUGUCUGUUGCUUUUGAUUUAACUUUUGCUUUCGAAAUAUACAGUACCCAGCUCUAAAUACCUUUCUUGUCAUAGUGAUGGAUUUGUGGAUUUACAUUUGUCAUCUCCCCUAGCAUUUCACCAUCCCUCUGCCUCCAUCAUGAAGAUUCAAUGGUGGAACUCCAAGCGCUUACCUACAAUCAACAAAAACAGAGCCACAGGUUAGUUUGUUGGGGUUUAUGUUUCAUACUUUUACAUGCUUUUAGCUGUUCAGAGAGAGGUGAUAGAAUUCUACCCUGUCAUACUCCAUUCAUACUUUGAAGGCUGUUGUGUGUUGUCAGUAUGUUUUUCCACUGAUAGACAUUUGAAUACCAUCAGUGUAUAUAUAAGACAGAAUGAUAGCCACAAUCAAUUACUAUCUGUAUGCUAAAAGGAUGAGGAUUGUGCUAUGGUAUAAUUUUUCACAAUAUUUAGUUCUGUAAACUUAAAAUGAGAAAAUGGUAAACAUUCCUAGUUAGGAAAUAAAGUUAUGCAACAGAGAUCUGUGAGGAGGUUUACAUCAUAUCAAACACCAUGGGCAGUAGGCUUGUGGUCUUUGUCAGUAACAAAGUAGUUGUGUUAAUGGAUUUUUUUUUUCUAUAUAAGAGAUAGAUUAGUGUUGAUUCAGAACCCCCCAGGUUAACUUAGAAACAACAACAUAAAGCAUGUGGCUGGUGGCUCUUAAGUUAAUGGGUAGCAUAUGUUUUCAAGACUGCUCAGAACUGAAUUUUGAGACUGCAAAGAAAUCAGAGGAGAGUGAGAUAGAAAGAAUGGCGUCUACAACUCUUCAAACGAAGUGUCAAGCAAAUGGGUUCAGGUGAUCCUGUUGCAAACCUACUACAGCUAGAUUAGGGUUAAGGUUGAUUUUAUGCAAAACGAGUUACAUAAAGUCAGCUGUGAACAGAAAAAUCAACCAUCACAUCCAGUUAUUAAACUGGGCCUCUGACUCUAAUCCAUAGACUGUAUAUAAGUAUAUAAUCUUAUAUACAGUCUAUGCUCUAAUCUCAUUCUUACUUUCUAGGUUGUUCUUCAGGUGUAUUGAGGGCAAAAAGGCCGGCCAGAGGUGGUGUGGAAAUGUGCCUUGGAGUGCGGUAAGAAAACACUCAGAGUACACAGCACAAUGUAACCUACCAUAUCAAGUACUGAUAAUCUAUAGAAACACAUUUAAGAUACAAAGAUAUCCUGCUGUGUUUUUUUAUAUUACUGGGUAUUUUUCGUCAAUUCCAAAACUAUCUAGAUCCAGAUUUGGGGUCCAAAACAUACAGCUAUAUGUCAGAGUUUUUCAUUUCGAAUAGAAAAACACAACUUUGGAGCAUGGCAAUAAUGGAGGAGGCUACCAGGGUGCAGCAGAGGAGCUUUAGUUAUGUAAAGCUGCUAAAAAAGCUAUCAGAGGGACAAUACACAGACUGAAAUUAAGCAUUAUACACCCUCUCUCCUCCUUGCUAUUAUCCUAAUUUUCCUUAGAGCCUGAAUAUAGGUUUAUAAGUUGACAUGACCUCACUCCCUAUCUUGCUGAGACAAUUUUUAAUCACUUUCUUCAAAAGUAAUGGCCAUCCACUCUGAUCAGUAACGUGUCUUUCAUCACUGCAGCCAGAGAAAGAAAAUAGAAACCCUCGGUUAGACACACAGCAGCCAUCCUCCUGUCUGCCACCUGUCAGAAACCCCUUCAAAGUCCCUGAAAGGACAGACAAGGACUCUGAGUGGAAAAAGCUGCAGUGCAGUGGAGGCAAUGAAAGAAGAGAGGACAGAGAGAGUGAGCCAAACCAAGAGGCAAAAGGAGGAGACACUCAUCCAAAAGAAAGAGAGGAGAGUGAAGCUGCAGGGGGAAAAGACAACAAGGACAGAAAGCCACAUUCAUCAGAUACUUACAAAGGUAAACAACUUCCAACUGGGAUGAAGGUGAAGAAGAGAGUUUCAGAUGAGGAGAGACACAGUCCUGAUGCCCACAGAUCAGAAAACACUAGAGAGGAGAUACAAGACAAGGAUGAAGAAAAUCACACUGAGCGGGUGGAUAAAACAUCCUCUGCUGUUAAGAGUGUUCAUCCUGAGAAAACGAAUCGGACCACUCAGGAUCCUGACAAACCCACUGAGGGAGAAACUCACCUGGUGAAACAAGCUAACCCUGCUGUAAAAAAAAGGGCUUCCGAAUCUGGUGCCAGUACAAACACCAAGCCUUUAAGAGACCCUGAUAACACCAGGAACCCAACAUCUAAUGAGACAUCACCACCAGACUCCGGCCAAAUCAAAAACCAACAAGAGAAAGAUGACAAGGAUGAUGAUGAUGAUGAUAUAGUGUUGGUGUCAGUCAAACCUGCUCCACAGAAAACUCCUGUUUCAGCCAAGCAAAAACCCCUGACUGCCUACCCAGGGUUCAACCCAGUCUCUAAGACUGUGGGUCAGCAAAACGAUCCCAGAGGCCUGCACAGCCUGCUCACUGCUCAGCUACAGCAGAAAAAGGUGAGUUAGAGACCCAUGUUGUUAUCUUUAGUAUUUUUAUAAAGACAAAUUUUAUAUUUUCUUAAUUCAUCAUGCAGACAUUUAACAUUUUUAAGCCAUUUUCCAUUUAAUUUCUUAUAAUUGUGGCUAUAAGAUCAUGAAAAUCAAAAUUCCUGAUGGUUGCCUCCAGUUUAUCCAAAAUAUUCGAAACCAGGUUAUCUGUUUGGCCUGCUACUCUUACUUUGAAUGAUCUGUCUAAUAUUGGCUUGACAGGGCGCCACAAGCUGGUCUCACAGCUACUGACAGUUGCUGUUUUAGAUGAUCCUUAUAUCAAGAGUAUCUUUAGUAUUAAGCUGUUUGCGAUGCCAAUGUCUAUAAAAUAAAAAAGUAAGAUCACAAAGAGCAUUUACGAGUGGAGUUUUAACAGUGGAUACCAAUGCCAAUAUGUGAGAAGCAGGUCAAACAAUGGCUGAUAGAUAGUAUCACACUGUUGUUGUUUUUGCACUUGGCCUGGCAGAUUAGCUGGUCUAUCUGUAAUGGUUACUAAGCUCAGUCAAAAAAGAAUUUAAAAUGUAUAUCGCAACAGCAAAAUAUAGACGAUCUUGAUUUGACUUUCAAAUUAAAGAAGCAGUGAUCCUUCGGGGGCUUUCGCUGGUCUUUUCUGUGUGUUUUGUCAUAAACCUCACAUUUUUCUGAUUGCUGUCUAGGCCACUCUGUCUGUGGUGAACGUGUCGGCUCUCCCAGAUAAAGGGGAGAGGUUGAGGAGUCAGGUCAAAGAGCUGGAGGAUGCAUUAGAGUCUCUGAGCCUCACUGCUUCUUCUCAGCCUGGUAAAUUUAGUCUCUUAUAAAUGUCAAUCAUCACACUCUUUCACACUGAGCCCAUAACUGACUAUUACAACUUUAAUGCAGAAUCACUUCCAGAGUCCCAGGGUGCAAGUAGCAGCCAGGUUAACCCUUUCAGUCGGCAAGGUGGAACCAUACUGCUCCCUAAACCCCCAGCUCCAGGCCUUUUUCAGCACCAGGCAUCUGGCAGCUCCUUUGGGCUUCAGCCUAGCCAGGGAUACACCUAUGGCAUGUAUGGAGGUAAGACAUUUCUGCACGUGUUUGGCUUCUUUCUAAGAUUUCUGUUCAGGCAGUAUGAUUCCAGGAUGAGAUUUAAAACUUUAAUUCAUGUAUUUCAGUUUGCCUAAGAGGUGACUAUCUUUCCUUUCCAACAUGCAAGCUUAAUUCUAUUUUCAUUCCAACUGUUCUUGUCCAGACAAAGCUUCUGUAUAAGUGUUUUUAUGUAAAAGUUGUCAAAAAAAUCUAUGACUCUGAAUUCUUUGGAUGUCCAGCAAACGCACAGGUGCAGGCCUUUUAUGGAGGAAGGAUGACAGAGGACCGUCUGCUGGCGGUGAAAAAUGCAACCUGUGAGGCCAUCGACCAUCUCCACAAAUCUCUGGAGUCCUGCCCAGACGGCGAGGCUGAAGCUCCAGACCCCAGGGGUGUCAAGGUUACCUGCUACUUUGGUUUUUCAUUUAGCAUUCACUAACAGAUCUGACUGCAGUAAUGGCAUUUUUACACAUAUUCCACCAUUUCUUCAUACUUGUGUGUUGCUAAUGCAGCACAUUGUUCUGUUUUAAACCAAUAAUACUCCUGUGCGCAAAGCCUGCUCUAUGAAAUGUUAAUUGUCAUGUCUGUUCCUACAAUGUUUUGAGAAUUAUAGCAGUGGAAAAAUGCAGUGGUUUAGAAAAAGUAGUGAGCAAUCACUGGGUCACUAUAGACCUAUAAAGGUCUUUCUGAAAGUUUGUAGUUUUUGAGGGAAAAUUCCAAUAUUUUCACUUAAACUCAACUUGACAAAUGAUUAUUAAAAAUAAGCACCUAUUGACUCUGAAGUGAUGCACUAGUAACAUUUUCUUUUUGUGUAUCACUCAGGUGACACUCUUAGCCCAUCAGAGGAGAGCUUUGGCCUGGCUGCUCUGGAGAGAAACUCAAAAGCCCUGUGGAGGAAUUCUAGGUAUAAUUACAGGGUUUUGUUUUGUGUUUGAAAUAAAUCCUCUUUUUACUCUGAACAGUCAGCCCAGUCUUUUGAUUUGCAAGGAACCAAAUUUACAUACUGUAAUUGUUUUGUGUUUUUCUCUCUUUGUUGACACAGCGGAUGACAUGGGUUUGGGAAAAACCCUCACCAUGAUUUCUCUCAUACUGUCAAAGAAGGUGAAGGAAAAGGAGGAGGAAGAAAAGAAGGAGGAGAAGAAGACAGACAGUUGGAUUUCCAAAACUGGUCAUUUGAGCAGUUUUUUUCCACUCUUUUUGUUUUUUGAGAUGUUACGAUUGUAUAUUAUAUAAAGCUUACAAACCAUUUUGAUUUGAUUUAGACAGUACACAUAUUUUUACCUUCAUUUUGGAGGUAAAUUUGAGUUUCAGUCUCUUUGUCUCUUUGUUUGUUGAUCAUGCAGACUCGAGCAUCGUGGAUUCUAAAGGCACUUUGAUCAUUUGCCCCGCCUCUCUGGUCCACCACUGGAAGAGGGAGAUCGACAGGCAUGUGAAGACUGGGAGGCUGACCGUGUACCUGUACCACGGCCCGAACCGUGAGAAAAGUGCCAGAAUGUGAGGAACCAUGCAAACAAUCACAAAUCUACACCCCAAUUUAAUCUCCUGUUUGUUCUGCCCUCUGCCUUAAUACCAAGCCUCCAGAUCUUCUAUAGAGAAUAGAGGCAAAUAUUAAACAUGAGCCGUACAGAUGCCAAAAAAACAAGCAAUUUCACACAUUAUUUCAGGAGACAUUUUAAAAGGGCUUUUUGUAGAAAUCAGACAAAGUUUUUUACAGACAAAAAAACAAUCAGAAGAACAAUAAAAAGCCUAUUUUAAACCCUUUUGAAACACCCUCUCUGUCCCUUAGACUGGCAGAUCAUGAUGUGGUUGUGACAACCUACAGUUUGGUCUCUAAGGAGAUCCCAGUCCAGAAGGAUGAGGCUGAGAAACCCGUCAAAGAUGCUGAAGAAAAGGUUAGUAUUACUUAUGAUUGUUGUAAAGCAUCAUCUCUGUUUACUUUAUGUGCCUCAGUGUUUCAGCUUAUGAGUCUGCAGGAUGUAAAUACAGAAGAUGCUGACAGCUGAUGCAUGCCGGUGAUCUUUGACUCUCAAUCUUAAGAUCUUGGCCGUAUGUUCACAUCAUCCUCUGUUGCUCUUCUCAGCCACCAAGCUCGGCUCCUCUUCUGCGAGUGAGCUGGGCACGGGUGAUUCUGGAUGAAGCCCACAACAUCAAAAACCCCAAAGUCCAAACCUCCAUGGCUGUCUGUCAGCUGAGAGCCCGAGCACGCUGGGCUGUGACCGGCACACCCAUCCAGAACAAUCUACUGGACAUGUACUCACUGCUCAAGUAAGACAAAAUUCUGAGAAUACAAAAGUUUCAAGGCUCUUCAUUUGUAGAAAUGCUCCCACUGUUUUACCUGACAGGAUUUAAAGAAAUGAGAUGCUGUUUUACAAAAUGUCUACCUCUCUCUGUCAGGUUUCUGCGCUGUGCUCCUUUUGAUGAGUUCAAACUGUGGAAAGCUCAGGUGGACAACGGCUCCAAGAGAGGUAGAGAGAGGCUCAACAUCCUGACAAGGACUCUGCUGCUCCGAAGAACCAAAGAUCAGCGGGACACCACAGGAAAACCCCUGGUAGGGAGAGAAGCACACCUUGGAUUUUGUCCUAAUGAAGACAUCACAUCGACAACAGUCAUUGUAACAUUUAAUGUUUCAGGUGUCGCUCCCUGAUCGGACCUGUGAGGUGCAUCAGCUUAAACUGUCCAAAGACGAACAGGCGGUGUAUGACGUGGUUUUUGCUCAAUCCAGGUAACAUUUUUUAUUUUUUCAUUCAAGAUUUGAUUAACCAAUGAGAAAUGUUUUUUAUUGUAACACUGAAAGGUAUUCUGCUCCUUUUUUUGUAGAUCCACUUUACAGAACUACCUAAAAAGACAUGAAGGAAACGACUUGAAAAAGGGAAACACUUCCAGUCCUAAUCCCUUCAACAAAGGUGAGAAAAAAAGACACCUGAAUUUGGUACAGUUCUCAGCAGGCAGUUCAUACUUUAGUGACAGUUGUGACCAAGAUAAUAUAAUAUACUAUAAUGUGUUUUCCCCCGGAGACUGAGCGUGGUUUUUUUUUUUCUUCAUUUUAAGCAGGGGAAUUUUUUUUUUAAUAGUUGUUAUGAGAAAUUAAUGUCACAAAAAGCUAAAGACUACAAGACAUUUGCUCUUAUUGAUAUGAGAAGUGGACACACAACCUACUUUCCUCUCUGUUAACCUUGAUGUGUCCUUAUAUGUCAUAUUUGUCUAUUUAUAAAACUAUAUAGAGAGUAUAACAGACAUCUAAUACAACUAUUUUAGUCAUUUAUCAGGUAGGUUAAUGAAGUCUGACAUUUUGCCUCAAUUUGAGCUGAAUGCUAAUUUCAGUGUCGCUGAAACUGGUGUCUUUCUGUAUCCUCUCUCCAGUGGCCCAGGAGUUUGGUAUGUCCCAGUCUGACACUGCCCUGUCAAAUUCCCAGCCGUCCCAGCAGGCGUCCAGCACCGUCCACAUCCUGUCACUGUUGCUGCGCCUGCGACAGUGCUGCUGUCACCUGUCACUCCUGAAGAAGGCACGCUCUGCAAAUGCUUGCCAGCUCUAACUGUAUUCUCACAUACCUGAAUGCACUCAACCUAAUUUAUGUGUCUUUCCUCAGACUCUCGACUCAACAGAGCUGCAGGGUGAUGGGAUCAUCUUGUCUUUGGAGGAACAGCUCAAUGCUCUGUCACUCUCCUCCAGCCCCUCACCAUCUUGUCCUGACCCCAAAGACACCGUGGCUCUUAACGGCACUCGAUUCCCUUCACAUCUAUUUGAAGACACCAGUGAGAGCUCCAAGGUAGGCAGCUUCAGACUGGACAAUGACAAAUAGGUGCAGGGCAAUCGAAUUAACAGCAGGAGAGACAACAAGACUUGUGGAUAUGUGGAAUGCAACCACACUCUCUUCCCACCAGUGUUUCCUAAUCUAAACCACGAAAACAAACAAUGUUAUGAUGGUAUUGUACUCAUCAGACUGUUUCGUAGAAAGGGUGAGUGUUCAGGCUUGUCCUCUGUUGUUGAUGAGGACCACUGCUAUAUUUUCCAAAUUUUGUAUGUAUCAAAAGUGCCCUCCAUGGCUGGAGUACAAGUGGUAUCAUAGAUGUGGUUUUGAAGAGAUCUCAUUGGGGGUGAGAAUGACCAGAGACUAUUAAGAGAGACAAUUUUACCCUCUUUGACCACAACUUUGAUUUAAGGGUCUUGAAAUACUGCAGUGAACAGUGUCUGCAUGGACAGUACAUGUGCAAAUAAGUGACUUUGGGUGGGCUCACAUUUAUGAAGAUAAUGACUGGAGAGUUUUUUUACAUCUGUGAAAUAAAGUGUAUAUUUAUCCCUUUUUAUGUCCAAUUAAAACAUGAAUUGUAAUAAAGUGUUUUUUAAAUUAUUAUUUUAAUUAUAACCAGGCUGUAACACUGAUGUUAUUUCUUUCACACAGAGAUAAAUUGAAAUUUUUGCCUUUAUUUUCAGAUUUCAGCCAUUAUGACCGAGCUGAAGGCCAUCAAACAGAAAGGCGCUGAUCAGAAAAGGUAAAACAUUUUAGUCUAACAGUCACCUGACUCUCAGUUUGUCCUUCAGCUGUAUUCAAGAUGUGCUUAAGUGUCAGUAAUCUUUUAUUCUGUCAGCAAAAGUUUGAACGCACUUCUCUGUCAGACAGAAACAUCUGCCAAAUAACUUCAUGUUAAUCUUCUCUUUCCACCACAUCGUUUAAGUUUUUCUCAACAGAGAGAUGGAAAUGUUGAUGCUCACAUUAAUGCUUUCUUGGCUUUUAGAGAGCUUCUCCUGUGGUCUACUAUCAUCUGUUAAUGUUACAAUCAUGUGUGUAACCCAUCUGGUUUCUCCUCUCUGUUAAUGCUUAGUGUGAUCGUGUCUCAGUGGACCAGCAUGCUCCGCAUCGUAGCAGUUCACCUGCAGAGGAUGGGUUUGAAAUAUGGAGUCAUUGACGGGACUGUGAACCCUAAACGCCGCAUGGACCUGGUGGAGGAAUUCAACACUAACCCUAAAGGAGCACAGGUAAAACCCAAGCCAGACUUAGUGAUGUAGGUUUGAAGACUCGAGAGAUAUUAAUUUACAUUGGUAUGAUGGACUAUUGUGGGGGGAAAGAAGCAAUGUUCCGUUUUUGUAAUUUACUUUAAGAAUGGAACAGAUAUGUUUUUAAGCCACUGAUAAAUUAUUGAGAUGGAUUGGCAGCAAAGUUGUGUAGCAUUGUAUAUUUGAAUUCAUGAAACACAAAUGUGAGUUCAUAUUUCUGUUUCCUUGCUAAAGGUGAUGCUGGUUUCUCUUUGUGCUGGAGGAGUUGGACUCAAUCUUAUCGGAGGGAAUCAUCUCUUUCUCAUUGAUAUGCACUGGUGAGGGACCUGCAUUCAAACUGUAACAAAAGACAAUAACUGCUGAUAUUUGUUCCCCAGAGGGUAAUGGGGACUCUUCUAAACAGUCUUUUUAUUUUUUUAUUCAUUGAUCCUCAAUGUAUCUUCCACUUAACUUCCAUUGAAUGAUGCUAUUAGGCGCAUUGUUUGAAACUUAUCCUACACAAAAACUGAAUAGAAUUAGUGUUUCAAAAACCAUUUAAACUGUUUCUUCAGGCCCUGUUUUGCAGUCUUUCUUAAAUUUCCUUAAAGAGGAAUUGUCUGUUAAAUUCUGCUCUUGAACCACGUAAAGUGUUUAAAUUUUAAAGUCCUCUCUCAGGCAAUAACUGAGUUUGGUGCUUUUUUGCUGUAUUGUGAAUAUUAAGGAGUACUGUAGCAUGGUUAUUAUUAAAAAUAGUUUUGUUUUAACCACCCUGAAUUUGACAGGAACCCAGCUCUUGAGGAUCAGGCCUGUGACCGAAUCUACAGAGUCGGACAAACUAAAGAUGUCACCAUUCACAGGUAAUGAAACUGAACACGAACAUUUGAUGUGUGUGUUUGGAUUCUGUUGUUAACUGUUAUUCUCAAUUGGGUGGUUGCAAAUAAAUAUUAACAUCAGUAUACACAAAUGAUGAUUUCAACUAGCUGAGUGUUUUACCAAAACGGUACCUAAAAAGAGAUCAUGUUUUUAUUUACAUGUAGGGAAGAAGUACUUAUUUAGAGUGGAACAGUUUUAUUAAAGUUUUAGAAAUCUAGGGUUUUGAGAUUGUGGUAUAUCUUGUUUUCAUUGCAUGUGUUUUUAUUGUCAUUUCUUUCCAGAUUUGUGUGUGAUGGCACCGUGGAGGAGAAGAUUUCAACACUGCAGGGGAAGAAGAAGGAGCUAGCCCAGAACGUCCUGUCAGGAACAGGAAGCACCUUCACCAAACUCUCCCUGGCUGACCUCAGAAUCAUUUUUGGUGUCUGAGACAGAAAAGUUAAGUCAAACCCCUGGUGACACCAGACAGCUGCUUAUUCAAAUGCUCAGGUCAUAAAGGAUACAGCUCAGACGAUUCUAUAACACUUGAAGUAAGAUUUCUAAACUUGAAGUAUGCUUAUGCACAGUAAAAAUGCCAUAAAUGAAAACUUCUUCAGGUCCAUAUAUUAUCUAAGUUGAAGUACACAGGUCAAAGCAGACACAAAGAUCUUUGUACUGCUCUUCUUUAAAAUUGUGUUUUACAGCCUUUUGUGCUACAAUAUGCUGCAGUAUAUGUUGCAAGUUUUAAGACAUGUAUUUAUUUAUGCAUGUAUGCAUUUUUUUUUUUAGCUUUUAUUAAUAACACUGAAUUUUUCUCUGUAAAUUCAGAUCUUAUUUUCCCUUUUUUUUGUGUGUGUCCACUAGUUUUAUGUCCUAUGUUUUAUUGUUCUUUUUAAAUGUGAUGUGUAGUCUAAAAUGAUUAUGUUUCAAUAAAUUUGAUUUGUUGCAGUUAUGCGAGUUGUGGUGCAAGGACAUGAAAUAAAAAGAUUAUGGAUUCAAAUUUA